CCUUAGUGUCAUUGCAGGGUAUUUAGUUUUGGAAUCAAUAAGACCAAGUGGUGGAAUGCGAGACAGCUGGCAAACAUGCAGAAAACAAUCUUUUCAAGUUCAGCAGAGCAACCUUUCUUCUAUGGACAAUAUCGCAAAGGAGGGCUUUUCAAAGCAAUGCCCAGGAGAGACCCUAAUGGCGAUGUUGACCUUAGGCUUGUGGUGAUUGGCAGCAGUGGCCCCGCACAGUUUUUGCUUACCAAUUCCAUCCUGGGCAAGGAGGAGUUCACCAGGGAUGUCUGCAGCAUUGCAGGGAGCCGCAAGAACCUGGGGGAUCUGGCAGGCCGGCGGGUGGCGGUGAUCAACAGUCCCAAUCUCUACGAGAAGGACCUGUCCAAGGCCAAGAUGAAGGAGGAGCUGAGGAGGGCCAAGUGUCUCUCAGCCCCAGGCCCCCACGCCUUCCUCCUGGCCUUUGACCUGGAUGGGAUGAGCCCCAAUGACAUCAAGUCCCCCAAACUGGUGGUGAAACGCUACGGCGAGCGGUCGCUGAACCACGCCAUCAUCCUGCUGGCCUACGACGGCAAUCUGGAGGGUCAGGCGCUGGACGACAGGGUGAUGCGCACCGACUCGCACCUGCGCGAGCUGUUGGAGCAGUGCGGCUGCCGGUACCACAUCUUCCCCAAGAACUGGCAGGACCGCAGCCAGGCCCGGGAGCUGGCGCACAAGAUCGAGAGGAUGGUGACGGCGCUGGGCGGCCACUACUACACCAGCCACUCGUACCAGCGGGCGGAGGACAGCGUGCGGAAGGAGGUGGCGCGGCUAGAGAAGAGGCGCGAGGGGGAGACGGACCGGGCCUGGUGCGGGCUUGAGCAGCAGUACCAGGGCGACGAGCUGCGCCGGCAGGUCGACGGCUACAACUCCAGCAUCCACGCCGAGAUCCGGGCCAGGGCCGAGCUGGACAACGGCUGGCUCCGGACCACGCUGGCCACAGGGGUUGGCGUGGGCUUCGUGGUGGGGGCAGUCAUGGGGAUGGCGAUUGGGUCGGUGGAGGGGCCGCUGGGGAUUGUGGUGGGCGGGGUUGUGGGAGGGGGUGUGGGCGGCGGCACUGGAGGGGCCGUGCAAGUGGCGAUGGAACACCUCGAGGACCGGAUCGGACCGCAUCCCAACAACUUUAACACCAUGUUCAUUAAUCGCUUCUUCCGCCUGCCACGCUCAUCUUUCCGUUAGGACAUUCUGCU